AUGAGUGCAAACUUUGAAAUAGGACAAUCUCAAGUAACAACAACACCAAUAAGCAAAGUUAAUAAUAUAAAAUCAAAUUUACAUAAGCGUAGAAGCCUGAAUGAAGACCUUUCACCUAUCACUCGUAAAUUUAUUAAACUUCAAUCAGACAAUGACGAUACACCAAAAAGUGCACCACAGCAAUCGCUUAUUUUCACCACACCACCUAUAUCUCGUUUAUGGUGUCCAUCAAGGCUUGAAAUGAUAGAUUUAUCACCUGCUUCACCAAAACCUAAAAAAAGAUCUCUUAUAUUUUUUAAUAAUUUAACACAUCCAUUUAUGUUAAACGAUCAUGCUACUAAAUAUCCACAUUUUUUGGAUAAAGAUUACUUUGAAAAAUUUGCGUUUAAACAUCCAACAUUAACAUCAUAUACAGAGGAGAAUUUUUUUGAGUAUAAUUUUUGGAUACUUAAAAAAAUUGGAAUUGGUGAAUUUUCAGAAGCAUUCAAAGUUAGAGAUAAAACUGGUAAAACAUAUGUGAUCAAAAAGGCUAAAAGACCAUUUAAAAAUCUUUGUGAUAGACAAGAUAAACUUGAAGAAGUUGAAAUUUUAUGGAAAUUGGGAAAACAUUCAAAUUGUCUAGAAUUAAUCUCUGCCUGGGAACAAGAAGGUUAUUUAUACCUUCAGACUGAAUAUUGUGAACAUGGCACUUUGGAAUAUUACCUAAAGAAUUACAAAGAGAACAAACUUCCUGAGUCAGAAAUCUGGAAAAUGAUUAACGAUAUUGCAAUGGGCCUUAAACAUAUUCAUGAAAGUAAUAUAAUACAUAAUGAUCUCAAACCUGGAAAUGUCUUCAUUACAAAAAAUGAUAGACUCAAGAUUGGAGAUUUUGGACUUGCAACGCAUUGGCCAGUUCGUAUGGGAUUUGAUAAAGAAGGAGACCGUGUCUAUUUGGCUGGUGAAAUUUUAUCCGAGUCCAGAAACGAUAAGCCGGCUGAUAUUUUUAGUUUUGGCUUGAUAAUCCUAGAAUUGAAAAGAAGACCGAUUGUCACCAAUAUUCUAACAGCUAAUAGAACAAACAGUUAA